UUAAAUAUAUGUCGUAAUUGUUUGACUCAAUUGUUGUGUAGUUUUUGCCACAAAAGCCAUUCAAUGGUUUGGUUUUUAGUGUUGUAUUGAAAUCCAUAAAUAAAAUCCAAUUAUUUGUGUUUUGUUUGAUUGUCUGAAUCACUGAAUUAUACGACAAAACCAGUGGACAACUGAUCGGACAAUGGCUGACAACACUAACGACGAUAUGACCAUUGCUCAGGACAUUGUGGUCACCAAAUACAAAAUGGCCGGAGAAAUGGUUAACCGUAUUCUCAAGCAAUUGAUCGACAAAUGCAAAGUCGAUGAAAGUGUCCGUAAUAUAUGCGAGUUUGGCGACAAUUUAAUUACCGAAGAAACGGGUAAAGUGUUUAAGAAGGAAAAGGAGCUCAAGAAAGGCAUAGCGUUUCCCACUUGUGUUUCUGUCAACAAUACUAUCUGUCACUUCUCACCGCUAAAGAGUGAAACAGAUUAUAUCCUUAAAGAUGGAGAUGUUGUCAAACUUGAUUUGGGCGCACAUAUCGAUGGUUUUAUUGCAGUAGUGGCCCAUACUUUAGUGGUCGGAGCUUCCAAUGAUAACAAAGUAACCGGACGUAAGGCUGAUGUCAUAGUAGCUGCACAUAUGGCCGCUGAGGCAGCUCUUAGGAUCGUUAGACCCGGUUCUGAAAAUACUGCCGUAACGGAUGCCAUACAAAAAAUUGCUGACUCCUAUAAAUGUAAACCCAUCUCUGGUAUGCUGUCUCACCAAUUGAAACAAUUCAGAAUCGAUGGCGAAAAAUCCAUUAUUCAGAAUCCAACUGAAGCACAAAAGAAAGACCACGAAAAGUGCGAGUUUGAAGUCAAUGAAGUAUAUGCUGUCGAUGUCCUCAUUAGUACCGGAGAUGGAAAGGGGCGAGAAAUCGACACAAAGACUACAGUUUAUAAAAAGACAGAUGAAGUCUAUCAACUGAAGAUGAAAGCUUCGCGAGCCUUCUAUAGUGAUGUCGACAAAAGAUUUGGUUCAAUGCCAUUCACUUUAAGAGCUUUCGAGGAAGAGAAGAAGGCUCGUAUGGGUGUUCUUGAGUGUGUUAACCACAAACUGUUAGAACCAUUUUCAGUUCUCUACGAAAAGGAUAACGAAUUUGUCGCUCAGUUCAAGUUUACAGUUCUUUUAAUGCCUUCCGGUCCACACAAGAUCACUGGUCUACCCAUUGAAUCGACUCUCUUUCAAAGUGAACAUCAGGUUGAAGACGACUCAUUGAAAGCACUCCUUAAUAGAGGCGUUGGACAUAAAGGGGGAAAGAAAAAGAAGAAGACUACCGGUAAGGGAUCAGCUGAUGCUACAGGGGAUCAGGUGGCCGUAGCAGCCAAUGGAGUGGCAGCCGUUAAACUGCAAGAUUAAGUUUAAGGUGAAUUUUAACACCAGUUUUACAUAAAAAUCAAAUCAGAGUUAAUAAAUUUUAUAAAUUAAAUCUAAUUUAAUGGACCAUUCAUUGACUGAUAAUAUUAUUAUUAUAAUUAUUAAAUCGCCAAUAAUUUAAUAAGUGGUUUGUUAUA